AUGGAUGCAUGGCAAGCCAUCAACGAGCCGACGCGAGAAAAGGUCACGGUCAUUAAUCAGAGAACAGUCGACUGGUUGCGUCACCUAGUGCCGGAAUUAAAGAAACACAUUGGCAACAUCCAAGCCCUCUUGACAAUGGUCCAUCGUAAUGAAGAGAAACUUACUACGUUCUUUGAUUUGCUGUCAAUUUUAGAUGUUACGCGUGAAUAG